CGCAGCAGCACCAUAAAGCUAGCAUAUCUCCCUCACAUCGGUUAAGUUAUGUGAAUCGAAACCGUCGCGAGAUAAAAUACAAAGACACGCGCGUCACCGGGAAUCAAUUAUAGUUACAGUGUCUUAAUCAGAACAAUCACAUCUGCGAUCUGCAACAAUGCAGCCCAAUGCUUUUCACAAGCUUUUACUACUGCUGCCGCUUGCCUAUCAGCAUACAUCAAAUGAUGUCAAAGAGGAGUCGCAUUGGAAUUACGAGACGAACGGCCUGAAUUGGGGAGGCAUUUGCUCCUCAGGGAAAAGACAGUCACCCAUUCCCCUUAACGUUCAAAAGUCCCUCAUCGUCCCCUUGCCGCGGAUCGUGUUCGGAAACUAUGACGUAAAGCUGAGGGGGCCACUCACCCUGCUUAAUAAUGGACAUACAGUUCACACGGAGAUUCCCGAAACGGCCAACGGCAACAAACCCUUCAUAACCGGCGGUCUGCUGAAAGGUCGAUAUGUGGCCGAGGCCUUUCACUUCCAUUGGGGAUCUCCCGAAUCCCGUGGAUCGGAACACUCCAUCAACAAGCAGCGGUUCGACGUGGAAAUGCAUAUUGUCCAUCGAAACGCUAAAUACAAAGACAUCGAUGAGGCGAAAGACAAGAAAGAUGGAUUGGCUGUUAUCGGUGUCAUGUUGAAAAUUGUAAAGAAUCCCAAUCGCCUGUUUCCUGGCCUAAACAAAGUAAUGAGCGCUGUGCCCAGAGUUACGAAAUAUAAGUCCACAACGACUAUUCCGGGAGGGCUGAGUCUGGGCCAGAUGCUUGGCAAUGUGAAUCCCCGCGACUUCUUCACCUAUCGGGGUUCACUGACAACGCCCCAGUGCGAGGAGGCUGUCACCUGGAUGGUGUUCUCUCAAGUCCUGCCAGUACCCUACUCAUCGGUGUCGAAGUUUUGGAAGCUGCGAGACUCCGAGGGACACAGGCUCGUAAACAACUUCCGGGAUCUGCAACCGCGCAAUGGCCGACCUGUGUUCUACAGGGUCGGGAAGGACUUGAGUGGCGCCUACCUGGGGAAGUGAAGGUAUUAU